AGACUGGGAGGAAGCUUUCAGGCUCUCUUCUGUUGAAUCAGCUUCCAGUUUGGACUUUUUGGACACCCUCUCUACUUUUAAGGUUAGGCUUAAAAUUUUGUUUUUUGAUAAAGAUUAUAGUUAGUGUUGGAUAAGGUGACCCUGAACCAUCUCUUGAUUAUACUGGAAUAGGCCUAUAGGCUGCUGAGGCCUUCCCAUAUCCCAUGGAUUGAGUGUUUCUACUUUAUUUGUCUUUCUUCCCUCUCCAAGUGUUUAUCCAACUCUAUUGAAUUUGAUCAUUAGCGAUGAUUAAACUCUGGCUUUUUCUCCCAUGUGUGUGUUUUGUCCUGUCUCACGCCGCUCUUAUCUCUUUCCAAUCACCCCAACCCCUGAGCCUGGUUCUGCUGGAGGUUUCGUGCUGUUAAAAAGGAGUUUUUCCUUUCAACUGUUGCCAAGAGUUUGCUCCUAGGGGGCCAUCUGAUUAUUGGACUUUUGUUUCUAAUAUUGUAAGGUCUUUACCUGACAAUGUAAAGCGUCUUGCUGAGAAUGUUGUUGUGAACUGGUACUAUAUAAAUACAUUUGAACUGACAUUAAUGGUAUUUAAAGUCCUACAUAGUUAACGUUUUGAAAUUUUUUAAAACCAUUUUUAGCAUAUGAGUUGUUAACGCGCGUGUGAUGACGUCACUGUCGGGGUCAGGACAGGUUGACUUCAGGUGUGUGUUUUUUCUUUUCUGGGUCAUUUUUGCGGGGUUCUUCCUGCUGAAGGUAAACAAAUGGACGAAGCAGCGAUUUGCGGUAAAAAUAUGAAAAAUGUGUUCGAGCGGCGCGGAUUAAAGCGACGAAAAUGCCCGGACAGAAGAGAAGAUAUAACGUACGCUUCCCUCCUGCGCAUCAAAAAAAUCAUGCAGAAGGACACUGAGGUGGGCCGGAUGGCGAUGGCAGUUCCUGUAAUCAUAUCUCGGGCCUUGGAGAUAUUCCUGAAGUCUCUGCUGACCAAAACCUGUGUGAUUACAGAGUCCAAGCUCAGCACUGUUGUGUCUGUGGCUCACAUGAAGCAAUGCAUAGAGUCUGAAAAGCUCUUCCAUUUUCUCAAAGACUUGGUAGCACAAACCACGCCUACAACCCAGAAGGACAACAGAGGCAUGAGUAUGUGGCCUUUAUACAGGAACAAACAGCAUGAAGUUUCUGUUAAAAAACCACCUGAAGUGGAGGAAAUGGCUCCGCAAGGUAGCCUCGACUCACUUGACAACGACUCGAGUGCCAGCGAGUCGGAGCUCUACAUCUGCUUAUGACUGUGCAACCAGCGGAAGCCGCUGUGAAGUCACAGCAGCGCCUCAUUUCAUUAUGUCACUUCUCCUUACAUUUGUCUUUUGUCUCUGCUGUCCUGGAUCUUGGUCACAAAUAAGUGAGGCUAAGAAAUCACAAUGCUUCAGCUGACAUCGACAUACAAGUUGUUUCGUUAGCUCAAGUCCAGCUUUUGGAUAAAUAAAGGGUUUAUUUUCUUGGGAGGAUAAGGGAACUUUGGAGCAGAUAUAUUUUAGGAUCACUUGAAUCUUUUGUGGAAGUUUGCACUGAGUUGUCAAUUUUUUUUUCCUUCUUGCUGAUUAGGAAAUUGUGUUUAUAGAGCAGUACAUGCUUGUAAUGCUAUUUAGAUUACAAUAUUGAGUUUUGAGAUUAUUCUGGAACACUUUUAGACAGUGUGCAGCUUUUUUUUUUUUUUACUGUAUUUUGAAGAUGUAUAUUUUUUGAUACGAAUUAGACGCUUUCACAAUGUAUUACUUUAUUUUUUGCUUGUUUUUGUUUUCUGGUAGGACUUGUGGGAUGUGCAGCAAUCUUUAAAACCAAACUAAGUGCUUAUUUUAAGAAAUAGUGGCCUUUGUGGUGUCUAUUUUUAGAGCACUUGUAAAUUAAAGUUUUAAAGAUAUUUGCAUAUGAAAUGAAAAUAAAUAACGUAUGUAAAUAAAUAAUUGGAAUCUCCAGAUAGUUCAAAUGUAAAGAAGUUGAAUAAAAACAAGUCGCAAGCAUAUAGGGAUUGGUUUAUUCCAAUAAACUAACCUUUUUACACUGUGAUGGCGUGAAAUGAGGAAUAAAUAGAUGCACUCUGUUCUGAAAGGUUAUUUUUACUGGAAUUUUUUUUUUUAACAUUUUGAAACCAAAUACAGCAAAAACAUCUCUCUUUAGUUGCUACGCAGUGACCUGCAUGAGGAGGUGAAACGGUUUCCAUGUCCCAGCACCGAUGAAGUUCGCUAACGUUCCUCCUGCUGAUCCACGCUGACAGACGCUACACUCGUAAUGAGCAUCAAAUCUAGUCUCAAUGGAACAAGCUGAAGUACAGUCCUGCUCGGCUGCAGGUGACCAGACGUCAUUCUUCCACAUGGGGGACAGUUUGGAAUGAAAACAUGCAUCUUGGCUUAAAGCAUCUUCACUACAAUGACACUCAAAAUGAGCAAUACAAGUAAAAAAUAAACAUUCAUUUUUUAAACAUUGUUUUUCAAAUAAAAGAAAACAAACAUUUCUGUUUAUCUCCUGCAAUAAUUACAUAUUUAUAGACGUGGAGGCCAAUUUGCAGUAGUGGUGCGAUAGAUCCCCCUUUGUUUUAUUCAAUCCAUUAUUUAUCCCGAGUCCCAAAGGCACAGUCCAUUCAUUCUCCUUUGAACAACUGAUCCAAAUACUGAAGGAGGGGGAACAAAAACAAAGUUUGAUUUUAAAUACGCUCAGAAAAGAAAACAUUUACACACAGAGAGGUGAUGGAUUGGCCUCACUUAUGCUGUCUCUUCUGUUAAGUCGUGCUCUGAGUUUACAGUCGGAUGUGCCAGAGAUCGAAGGACAAAAGAUUAAAAAUCCAAAACAGGAAAGAAACCCAAAACAA